UCACACAAAAUAGUGAAGAAGAAGCCUUGGCAUUGCUGCAAACUAAGUCUUUUCUUUACAGUCUGUUUUGUGAAUACAUUUGAUGGACAGUGUGGAGCAAAAAGACACAGAAGCGACGGCGCCUUCAGUUAUCGACCGAUAUUACACACGAUGGUUCAGAGCCGAUAUGAAGGGGAAGCCGUGUGAGGACCACUGCAUCCUCCAGCAUUCAAACAGAAUCUGCGUCAUCACGUUGGCAGAGACUCACCCGAUCCUUCAGAAUGGCCGUACGAUCAAAAGCAUCAAUUACCAGAUCAGUAAUUGCUGCAGUCGGCUCAACAAUAAAGUGUCUGGGAAGUCCAAGCGGGGGGGUCAGUUCCUUACGGAUUUUGCACCUCUGUGUAGGAUAACAUGCACGGAUGAAACUGAAUACACAAUCUACAGCUGCAUCCGGGGCCGUCUACUUGAGGUCAAUGAGAGUAUUUUAGAAACACCUUCUCUUUUGCUGGAAAAGCCAUUCACUGAAGGAUACAUCGCUGUCAUCUUGCCAAAGUUUGAGGAGAGCAAGAGCAUAACUGAGAAUCUUCUGAGCAGAGAGGAGUUCGAGAGCAUCGUCUCUAAACGUACCGUCGCCCAGUCUCAACCAUCAUGACGGAGCUCCACAUUCUUGCCUUAUUUAAGACAAAACUGUUCUGCCCCUCCCACCAGUUUGGGUGGAGACUGAGGACACUAUCCUGGAAGGUGACAUUAAUGUGUGGUCACUUCAAAGGGACUAUUGCAUAUAAUGCAAGCUGUGCCUCUAUACUUGUUUUUCAUUGUUUCAGAAAUUGAGCAAGUGCUUUCGGAAAGUUCUUUGCAUUAGUUUUCUAAUUUAAAAAAGGAGGAAAGCAUGACAAAUUAAAGUUUUUUUGUUUUUGUUUAUUACCCCCAACUAAUAUUCAGUUUGAACUAUUUUUCUAGAAUGCUAAUAAACACAAGCAACAGUGGU